UGCCCUGCCUCGAGCCCAGAGUCUCACUGCCCCUCUCCAGAGCAGCGGACGGAGCCCACCACCAUUCGCCGCUGCUGCUGCUGUUGUGCCGUGCUGAUCUACUGAUAUAAUGGCUUCCGAUGGUAUGGAUGAACGAUCCCCGCUGUUGUCAGCACCGAACUCGGGGAAUGUCACGCCCACAGCUCCGCCGUACCUGCAGGACCCGAGCCCGAGAGCUGAAUUACCUCCGCCCUACACAGCCAUUGCCAGUCCAGAUGCAGGGGGAGUUCCAGUCAUUAACUGUCGAGUGUGCCAGUCUCUUAUAACUCUGGAUGGCAAGCUCCAUCAGCAUGUGGUGAAGUGCACCGUCUGCAAUGAGGCCACGCCUAUAAAAAAUCCACCAACAGGAAAGAAGUAUGUUAGAUGUCCUUGCAACUGCCUGCUAAUCUGUAAAGACACGUCUAGAAGGAUAGGAUGCCCUCGGCCCAACUGCAGACGGAUCAUCAACCUGAGUCCUGUGAUGGUGAUCCCAGAGGAGCAGCCGGCCCAGCCAGCUCUUCCAGUCCAGCCUGAGGGCAUGCGCGUGGUCUGCGGCCACUGCGGCAACACAUUCCUUGGCAGCGAUGAUGAGGAUGAUGAGUGCUCCCAGCCUUCCUCAGGCCUGGCUAUUCGCGGCCCCUCUGAUCUUUUCAAGUGGAUGGAGCUCCGAUUCAAUACACUGGCCAAGUGCCCACAUUGCAAAAAAAUAUCCUCUGUAGGCAGUGCUCUACCCAGAAGGCGCUGCUGUGCCUACAUUACAGUAGGAAUGAUCUGCAUUUUCAUUGGUAUCGGGUUAACGGUGGGAACUCAGGACUUCGCCAGGCGUUACCACGCUACUUACGUGUCCUGGGCCUUCGCGUAUCUCCUGGGCCUCAUCUGCCUGGUACGGGCCUGCUACUGGGGAGCGAUUAAAGUCAGCUAUCCAGAGAACACCUUUGCGUAGACAAAGCGUCCAUCCUUCAAGUCCUUAGUGUUUGAUUUCUCUUGAUUUGAACAGGUUAACUGUUACAAGAACAUAAGAAUCCAGGGGGGUUAGGUACCUGCAGAUGUUUCAGAUUGAGUUAUUGAUUAGCUCUGAUGUAACCGAUUUGAACCCGCAAUAUGAUGACUGGAGGAAUUAAAGUGAAAUCAGUGAUUCUAAAACUAGAAAAAUAAUACAAAUAAUCCAUUCGUGGUACACCUCUUGGAUUUGUCAUGGUGGGUGGAUAUCGAAAACAUGUUUUGCGUACUGCAUUUUGUUACCAACUUGACCAAAAGAGAUGAUCUUUUAUGAACAAUUUGCCCAUUGCACUACAAUUUUAUGCAAUUCUGCUGUUGUGUUGCUGCUAGUCACUACAGCCGUUAUGAGCUGAGAGAUGUUAUGUGUUCAGAGAGCCUGCCAGCACCCACGGUGGCACUAUCUGUCAUGUUCAGAUAUAUUUAACUGUUCUUAAAAUCCUGUGCCAACUUUUUUUUUGUUGUUCAGUGUCCGUUAGGGGAUCUCCCUCUAAUGAAAUUUAGCAGUAUUUCCAAACCCAUUUUGGCCGCUCCAACUCACUGUGAGCAAUAAUAAUGCAUUUUUUGUGGCUUUAAAAGAAAAACUGCAUGUACAGUCACUGGACCUCUAAAACUAAAUUCUAGGUUCAAUGCAACUUAAGCUCAUUCGACAGCACUUGUGAUGUAAUAUAUGCCGUUGAUUAGUACACAAAAUAAUUUUCGUUAAAAAAAAGCAAAUCUUGGUUACAUUAAGGUAAUGGAAGUGAAUGAAACCAACUCAUAAAGGUUAAAAUAUCUGUCAUUUAAUGGUAUAGCUGCAAAAUGUAAAUAAUAUGAGAUUUUAUAUGUGAAAAAUUACACUACCGUUCAGAAGUUUCGGGUCGUUCAUAUUUUAAUGUCUCUGAAAGAAUCUCUUAUGUUCACCAAGGCUGCAUUUGUUUAAACAAAUAAGAACAGUACGAAUAAUAUAAAAUAUUAUUAGAAUGUAAUAUAUAAUAAUAACAAAAUAAUGUUCCUAUUUGAAUAUGUUUUAAAAUGUAAUUUAUUCCUAUGAUGCAAUGCUGAAUUUUCAGCAUCAAAUGUCAGUGUUGAAACCAUUUGUGCUGCUUAAAUGUAUAAAUAAAUAAAUAAAUAAAUAAUGCAAGUGCAUUUCUAAAAUAAGCUUAACAUUUCUUCUUUUAAAGGGAUACUCCACCCCAAAAUGAAAAUUGUCAUUAAUCACUUAACGUUACUCCCAUGUUGUUUCAAACCUGUAAAAGCUACGUUCGUCUUUGGAACACAAUUUAAAAUAUUUUGGAUGAAAACCGGGAGGCUUGUGACUGUCCCAUUGACUGCCAAGUAAAUACCACUGUCAAGACCCAGAAAAGUAUGAAAGGCAUCGCCAAAAUAGUUGGUUUGGAGUGACAUGGAGGUAAGUGAUUAAUGACAAAAUUUUCAUUUUGGGGAGGAGUAACCCUUUAAAUACUUGAAAAAUUGGCCUCAAUCACUUCUAUAUUGUAAGCCUUACUGUGACCUUGAUUUUUGCUGAAAACUGUCAAAUAUAUAUAUAUAUAUAUUUGGCCACAAAUGCUUGAUCUUGUAUUGAACCUGAAAUAUUCCUUUAAUUUUACUCACUGAUUAAUAAUAAUGACACUUGAUGAAUGGGAAAUGACAUGUGCAUGAUUUUGAUUUGAUUCUUUUGUACUCAGAAAGUGUUUUGUUAGUCUGUUACUGACAGGGCACAGUGGAAGUGUUAACGCCAUGUGUCUAGUGCUCCUUCCUGUGUGUAGAAUGUAAACGCCCCACUGCUACCUGCCUAACUCCACAACUCACCACAACCUUGCUAGUAUUGCUGUAGCUUACCUUUACAGUAGUUCUGUAUUUUGUCAAGACAAAUGGAGAUAACUAUACUAUCUAAACUUGUUCUGAAUGUGACAAGCCGGUGAAGUCCUUGUACAUAGGAAACUGAGCACACAAAGUCUGUAGUUCAAGUUGGAAUAUGGCUUGGGUCUUUUUAAAACAAUAAUUUCUCAAUAAAAUGCUAAAAUAUU